AACACGCAAAGUACUCGGAGAUUACAUUUUUAAAUGUAAAAUUAUUCAAGUGAAAAGCCGUGUGAAAGUUAAGACUGCUGUGCUAUGUUAAUAAUUAAAAGUGUUAAUAUGAAAUACAGACUAAUUCAUCAAUAUGAAAGAAGUGUCCAUUUAAUUUAAGUUCAAACGAAUGGACCGCUGUGCGAAAACAGAUAUCGGCAAUGAUGCUGCUGCGGCUGAACAUGCGGGUGGCGCUCGCGGCGCUGUGUGCCGGCGCGCUGCUCAUCAUGCUGUAUUGGAGCCGCUGCGGCGAUCUCGCGAGGAGACCAAUUGGUUCAGCGCUCAGCAAUAGCCUCGUGGAACGAAGCAAUGAGGAUAUAGACUGUGUGAUCAAUGGGGAAUACUCGGUGGGCUGCCGGCGAGAUCACGACGAAGUGUACCUGCCGUUCUCCUUUAUACGCAAGUACUUUGAGGUAUACGGCAAAAUAUCGGCUUCAGAUGGCGUGGAAAAAUUCGAAUGGUCGCAUAGCUAUAGCAAAAUAUAUCACCCGAAAAAGAAAUACGAUCCUCGCGGCACAUUCACUACCUUCGAAAAUUAUAACGUGGAGGUCAGGGAUAGGGUGAAAUGCAUCAGCGGUAUAGAAGGAGUGCCAGUGUCCACACAAUGGGAGCCAAGGGGCUUCUUCUAUCCAACACAGAUAGCCCAGUUCGGCCUUGCCCAUUAUAGCAAGAACUUGACAGAACCAGAGCCUAGAGUCAGAAUUAUAGACGAUGGGGAUAAAAACUUGGCCAGUUGGACAGUUAGCAGCGACGCGACAUUGGUUAGAGAAUAUGAUAAAGCAUUGAAGUCGAAUGCUAUAAGAUUCGCGACGACGGACCAAGUGGGGAGUCAGGUCUGGUGCAAGGUGAAUAUAAGCCAGGACUUCGUGCUGAGUUUGGAUUUGUUAUUGAAGCCGAAUUCGUCGCUGUCGGUCGUGUUGCAGAAUAAGGAUAAGAAAGAAACGGUGUACUUGCACUAUGUGACGAGUAUGCAGUUGAUUUAUGCGCAGGACGAGCACAUAUACUACGGCAUCGGCGUUGAAUACAAAUGGCGGCGGCUCACACGUGACCUCAUCAUCGACAUGCAAAAGGGCUGGGCGCUGCUCGACCGGCCCAAGCGGAAAUCUCCUAGGAAUAAGUUUAGAAUAGCGAGCAUCCACCUGUCCGGUGUUGGCAGCGCUGCCAACAUGCGUGUGUCGAGCAGCGAGCACAUGGCGCACUUCUUCGCGGCGGCGCGCUGGCUGGCGGGCUCGCAGCGCGCGCGCGGCGGCUGGCCCGUGCUGGCGCGCCGCCGGGUCGCCGCGAGCGUGCCCGACCUGCGACCCGGAUGGCACUCAGCAAUGAGCCAAGGGCACGGUAUCUCAGUGCUAGCCCGUGCGUACCACCGCAGCGGUGACGCAGCGUACCUGCGGGCCGCUAGACGGGCGCUUGCGUUGUUGGACGUGGCCAGUAGUGCGGGCGGUGUGAAGGCUAUGUGGAUGGAUCGAUAUGUAUGGUACGAAGAAUACCCCACGAAACCGCCCCUAUUCGUACUCAACGGCUUCAUAUACACGCUGCUCGGGCUCUACGACCUGCACAUCAUAGAAGGAGACAAUUCAGCAUCCCUCGCAAAGAAAAUGUUCGAUGACGGAAUGCUAUCCCUAAAAACUCUCCUACCCAUCUUCGAUACAGGCAGCGGGAGUUUCUACGACCUACGCCAUUUUACUUUAGGCGUUAGUCCGAAUAUAGCAAGAUGGGAUUACCACGCAACUCACGUGAACCAGUUAUAUUUAUUGGCUGGACUCGAUCCGGACCCCAUUUUGAUUAACACGGCUAAAAGAUGGGAGGGAUACAUGCAGGGGAAACGCGCUGCGCACAAUUGAAGAACGUUCUAGAAUGUUCUGGAAAUUUGGAUCCAUACGUACUAAAGUUCUCGAAGGUUCUUAAAUGUUUCUUCUGUGAAAGAAGAAUUGACGUUUAGAAGAACGAUGACUUCUUUAUUGUUCUUGAAGUUGUGGUUCAUUUAUUGAGAAGUGGAAAUCAGUUGAGUUCUCGAAUGUUCUGGAACUUAACACGGUUAAAAUGUGUAUAAUCGAAAAUUAAUAAACGAAGUACUUUAAAGGUGAACUAGAAAGUUCGCAAUGGUGAUGAAUUGUAAAUCUUUAAGAGAUUAUAAUAUGAAUUUCAUUAUUUAAUGGUCACGUUUGUUAAUGAAACCUUUUCUAUAUUAGAAAUCGAUAUAUAAAACGAACGGCUUUUAGUAAAUAAGCGUAAAAAGACAAAGUGGUAAAUCGCGAUAAUUGUUGUUACUUUUUAUAAUUUUAGAUUAUAAAUCAGUAAAUAAUCAGAUGUCCUGACAUUUUUUAAAAAGAAUAUAAUUGAAUCGACUACAUAUUAACAAUUAUUUGUUUAAUAAGCUAUUUAAGCCUUCUUAACAACGAUUUGUUUUGUAGUUCUACUAAAAAUACUGAAACAUAGCUACAACUUUUUUAAAAAUUUCCGAAUCAGCGCAGUAGUUUAUGUGAUUUUAUCAAUAUACCUUUUUUUCUAUGCCUAUGUAGAUAUUAUGUAUCUAAUUGAAUUGAAAUUGAUAAAAAAAUCAUUUUUGAUGUGGAAUUUCUAUGUGUAACAUGUUCCCCUUUUGUAUCGAGCAGGUUUUCUAAGACUGAAUAUUAACCACGAUCCGCUUUUUGUAAUCUUGUACAUAGUGAAUAAGUUUAAUUUGUUAUAAAAUGUGAUUUAACGGUACUUAAUGUAAAUACACUAUUUAUUAUAUUUACUCUAAUAUUAUUGUAUAAGAGGAGAUUAGAAAGAAGAUAGAUUGAGUAAUCUUGAUACUUAUGGGCUUGCCUUAAAGGAAACACCCACUUAUAUAUAAAUAAAUAAUUACUUUUCGCGCAGGAAAUAUGAAAAAAUAUAUCCCAUGUCAUUAUGGUGUAGCUAUCUUCUAGAGGAGUUAUUUUCGAAAGCGAUGAAGCAGUUUUUGAGUUUAGAAAAAAUAUUACUUAUAAGUCAUAGCCGAAAUAUAUAAUCCACGAACUUCACACGCUAUCUAGUCCCAAACUAACAUAUCUUGUAUCGAAAGUAGACAACUGAAGAUUUUUUUUAAAUAACACGUAAAUAUAGACGCAAAAUAAAUAAUGGUGUUAAAUAUCUUCAUAGUUAUAAUAUUCCUCAUAGGAGGUAAGGAAUCUAAACCCUCUUCAGAGAAAUUAAUAUUAGUAAUUAUUAGAUAUGCACAUUGCACAUAUAUGCACUUACAUCAUUUUUACUCUUAGGGACCAUAAAGCAGAAGGUUCUUUCUAAGAAUUUAAACAAUAUUUUUCAAAAUACCUUCUAAAAAUUCCAGAAUUAACACAUCAUCAUGGGUAAACAUUUUAAACUGGAUUUAAAACAGUUUAAAUAAUCGAAAUGUACAUAAAUACGAUAAAUUUAGUACGGUUGUGAAGGGAAGCACAAAAUGUUGUCGAUUUUAUAUGAAUGUCUUGUAGAUACAAAAUAAUAACUUAAUUUUUAUACUCCUUGCUCUUAACUAACUCUUAUUGAUACAGAAAUAUUUCCUUUUAUUUUUUUUAUUUUAAUAAGUUUCACAAAUAAACUUUUAAAUCACGUAGAAUUAAUUAAUUUACAAUAACUAGAACUCUAUAAAAACAAUAGAAAAUAAACUAUCGAUGUAUGUUACGAAGUUAUACCCUAAUACCUAAUAUAUUAGUUGUAAGUACAUAAAAGAAAGUCAAAUGUUCUCAUUAUUUAACGAUCCCAUAAUACUCUCAACGAUUGUCUAUACUAUUUUACAAAAUUCAAUAUUAGAAUCUAGAUAUAUCCCGCGACUUCGCAUCUGAAAAUAUUUUAAUUAAUACUUAUUAAAUCUCAUCAUAAUCAGCCGAGUAGUUUGGCUAUACGUGAAUGGCAGAUACAGUUUUGCAUUUAUU